UUCAACCUUCAAACGCACGAUAGUUUCCGGUCUUUUCCAAGCACCCCAUUCCUGUAAUAAGCACGCAACUUAUCUAAUUACCAAGACCCCUCUUUUGGUCUCACAAUUUGGUUGAAGAACUUGUUUUUUACUUUUUCUUUUUUCUUGGGUGAAUUGAUUAAUUUCUUUUGGAGUUUGCUAUUGGCUUUGAAGAAGGUUAAAACUGUGAUUAAGCAUUUUUGGUAGUUAAAUCCCCUUUCCUUUCUUUGAACAGCCGACGAUAAUUGCCCUUUUAUGAUCGGUCAUCACUCAAAAUUAAUCAUUGCCAAAACUUGAUCUGUUUUUUUUUUCUUUUGCUCUUCAAGACCUGAACCAAGAAAAGCAAACCAAAUCGCCAUGAAAGAAGACGAACGCCCUCUUCCCCUUCAUCACCACCAAAGAAACAAGCUUUCCCUCGCCAAGCUGUUCACUCACACCACCGCGUACGUUAUCCUCCUCUUGCUAUCCUACGCCUUGGGUUACUUCUCCCGUUCCUCUCCUUCCCAACAACAACUUCUUCUCCAAGUGACUCCUCCUUCUCCUCCUGCUCUCCAAUUCGCCAGCUUACCAACUCAACUCGACAACUUCCGAGUCACCAGCCACUGCUCCAACUCGCCUCUACCUCCGCACCUCAUCUUCCCAACGAUUCUUGAACGAGUCUUCAAGGGUACCUCCCCUUACACCAAUUUCCCGCCACCCCACGUUCGCUCCUUCCUCAAGGAAAAAAGAGUCAAAGGCUGGGGCUCCGAUGGUGCCGUUUUUGAACACUUGAUUAAACGAGUCAAGCCCCGAGUUAUCAUCGAAGUAGGCACUUUCUUGGGCGCGUCAGCUCUCCACAUGGUCAACGUGACUCGUAAACUCGGCCUCCAAACUCAGAUACUCUGCCUCGACGACUUUCGUGGAUGGCCAGGCUUCAGAGACCGUUUCAAGGACAUUAUCAUGAUAAACGGCGACGUUUUACUGCUUCAGCAGUUCAUGCAAAAUGUGGUUUAUCUCAAAGCCACCGAAUCGGUUUUACCCGUUCCAUUCUCAACCGGUUCGGGUCUUGAAAAGUUCUGCGAGUGGGGAAUAACCGCGGACUUAAUAGAGAUCGAUGCGGGUCAUGAUUUCAUAUCCGCAUGGGGAGAUAUAAACCGGGCGUAUCGGAUCUUGAGACCGGGUGGGGUAAUAUUCGGGCACGAUUAUUUUACCGCGGCGGAUAACCGUGGGGUAAGAAGAGCAGUAAAUUUAUUUGCACAAAUGAAUAAUCUCAAGAUCCAAACUGAUGGUCAACAUUGGGUUAUUGAUACUGCCUUAGCAUAAAACCUUUUCACAGAUUUGAUAGUGAUUAUAGGCCUCUUCUUUUCUUUUUCAUUUUUUUAAAGAAGGAAAAUCAUUUUAUUGGGUUUAUGCUUUUGGUAAAAUGUAAAUCUUUAUGAAGGGAAUUGCUUUGGGUAUUUAGUUGAUGGUGUAAUAACGGCAUUUCCAUAGUCUAUUGGUGGUUGUAUUAAACAAGAUUACCAGAAGAAAAAAAGGAAAGAAACAGUUUAGAGAA